AUGCCUCCUUCGCCGACUAAACACCUUUUCGACUGUCUGAUCAAAGGUUACACAACUGCAUUACAACUGAACGCUAUUUUAUUGAAGGAAAGGUACGAUCUACGCGUAGCGAUUCAGCGUCAAAAGACAAAGCGUACGAUAAAGGGUCGGGUUCUCAAUAUGCCAAGGGCUAUGGGCGUUUCUGAGGCCCAAGAAAUAACUGCAGCGGCGUUGGCACAUCCAGAAGCUUCACAAAUUCCGAAUCUGGAAGCAUUAGAAGGGCGUCGGCGCGCUUUACCUACCUGUUCUAAUUGUAAAUUAGUAGGGCAUAUUCGGACGUACUGCCCGACCAGACCUACAUAG